GCAAUCAAAAAUGGGCUCUAAAUAUUGGUCACUCCUACGCACAUAUGCUCAUUUUGCAUUAGCGGUAUUACAGAUAAUUCUGAAACGCUCUAUAUAAAUUCGUCCCGAAUGUCACUGACCUCUAAAUUAUUCAUUACGGUCAGAUAAAUAAGUCGUAAUUGUUUUUUUGCGUCACGCGUUUCGUAAAGACUUAUCUCCAGAUGAUGUUCAGUCGUAGCCGCUGUGCCACUUUUAUUUGUUGUGUUUCGUUCGGUGCUUCGAUUAGUUUCAAACAAAUUUUAAAAGAGAAUGUCGUCAAGAAUGAAACUCGUUGUGUUGUAUGUUUUCCUACCGUUUACUGUUGGCGUUAAAAUUGGCUUUACAAGUUGCCAUGACCGUGGUUGGCAAUGCAAUAACAACUUAGCUAACGAUAUUGUUUACACAUGCGCAUUGGACAAUAACGAAAAUGUGAUACAUCUCAAAGAUCACUACACUCAGCACAUAACGAGUCUAACUGUGCAGCGUUGUAAACGCUUGAAAGUAAUUCUGGAUUGUUCUGUGCUGCAAAGACCAUCUCGCCUACAAGCAUUCAAAGUAAAGGAUUGCGAGAGACUCGAAUUCGCUUCAACAACCUCUAACACACUGAUACAAACACCUUCAGAAGUAACCAUCGAGAAUGUCCGGGAAAUAGUCUCCUUGCCUAGAGGAAUGUUUAAAUCCCCGAUAACAGAUACCGAACUUAAAUGCUUAGGAACAACGAGCUUAAAGAAAAUUCGUAUAACAGGCAGUAAGAUAAAUAUUAUCAACACAAGAGCAAUUUAUAAUGUUAGUGGAAUAAUGAAUAUUGAGUUCGAAAAUAUCACGAUAGUAGACGUUGAAAGUCAGGCGAUAGAAGCUACUAUGAACAGCAAUUCAGGUGUGUUUAAAGUCACAAGCAGCAGAGUUGAUAAUUUGCGUUCUAAAGCAAUCGCAGUGCAUAGCAAUAGAGCUACAAUAACAGACAAUGUUUUUAAUGAUAUAUCUACAAAGAGUAUAAACAUAACUGCCGAUUACAUACAUUUUACAAGGAACGCAAUAAGGGAUAUCUCUAACGACGGUCUAAUUGUAAAAUCUGGCUACACCGAUAUAUCAAACAAUCAAAUUCAUACACUUAAGAGCAAUGCAUUAGCGAGCAUUAAAUGCUCAAAGAAAAUAACAGGCAGAAAACUGUUAAGUUUUUCUAAAAAUUCAAUAGAAAAUGUUGAAUCAGACUCGUUAUUUUUCGACUAUCAAAGUUGCAAAUCCGCUGGCACGCCUGUUUCUUAUAGAGAGAACAAAUUGAACUGUAACUGUCGCAACAUCGCUUUCCUUGGAAGUGCAGCGGGAAACAGUGAGCUAAGCUAUUCAAUUUUAGAUUCCGCAUCUAAUAACACAUGCCUCUCGGCCCCUUGCUUCCUUCCCGUAGAUGUGGUGAAGAUGCUACUUGAGAGCAACAUGUGUCAAAUAAAUUUGGACCCUGAAGUCAUGUGCUUGCUUUAUAAUGACAAAAAAUCGAAGAACAACGAUGUGACAGACGAGGACGUGACAGAGGCGGCUUCGACGUUCUAUUUGAUACGGCAAGCCAACGGACGCAACGGCGACGCAAGCGCCGCCAUGACAGCCAUAAACAAGGAUGAUCUUUUAAACGACAGCCAUAUGAACAUGACUAAUAGAACUACCAUAAAAGUCGUGUUCGAUUCCUCUAAAGACUUCGUAGAGACGUUACGCAGUACCAACUCAUCUCGCAGAAAGCAAGUCGAGGAGCCCAAAACCCCACCGAGAACAGAGUACACGAACCGGUGCGUCGGAGCGCAGUGCAGGACCAACGCCUACGAUAAACAAAAGGCGUUAGAUUUCUACAAGUAUGUGUACGCGCAAUUACGAACACCGAAAACAAACACGAAUACAAAGACUUGA